AUGGUAUUCGAAGAGGAAAUUCAAGAUGAAAGGAUGGCUAGUGUAUUCGAUGGUAAUGCCCUAUUCGCCAAGACGACUCAAUAUGGCUGGAAAGGCCUCGAGGCGGCUACCUCAAAUGCCAUGUUAGAAACAGAAAGUUUUUGGCCCACAGAUGCAAGAACUUCCUCAUCUUCUUCACCGUUUCAGGGGGGAGUACUCGACGGCGACUUAGGGAUUGGCAAUCUGCUUGAAGAUUCAUACUGGGAGCCCCAGAGUAUUAGGCCGUUGCCCAAGUGCACUUUGCCUGAACUGCAGGAUACCUCCGAAGGCCUACUGGGCUCUAUGUCUCCAUUCGACAGUGUUACACAGUAUCCAUAUGCCUCAAUAGACUCAGAAGAAUCAAGCCCAGGCACAAGUGUCGCCAUCUGCAGUCAACUCAGCAAUAGCUCUGGCGAUUUUCCCAUGACAGCAGCAUCCGGAUCCGACAAUAAGCAAUUGGCAAAUCCGACGGCGCGUUAUCCUGGGAAGGACUGGACCAAUAUAUUUAACCUGACUCUCCGCUGCACAAAAACUAAAAUGGAGGCGAUCAGAAAAUCGGUUUUUGAGGCCGCAAAUGACGCGCUCUGUAUUGAAGAAAACGAUGAGGAUGUAGUUGAGCUGAGGCUGCGAGCAGAGUUGAGAUCCUAG